CGCUGGAAUGCGGGUUGUUUUUGACAUAAGUAAUUUGGGGAAAUGAAAUGAAUGGAGUGUAAAGGGAGUGAGGAAAUGAGUGCGUGGUGAGAAAGUAAGUAAGCGCGGUUUCGGUAGUAAAUAGGAACAUCCUUGAAAAUAAGAUUUAAGUGUUACGGAUGUAGACCUUGGAAAAUCUGUACCUACUCUCCACCGAAGACACCGUGACGUCACGGAUGUAUAUGUCGUCAGAAGUGUGGACGAUAACGGGAUUGGCCGAUAUGGUGGAACGGUGGCCAUUUUGUAAACUAAAAAUAUAUCAAAAUCCUUACUGUUAUAGCGACACCUAUCGCAGAGGCUAGGAAAGCAUUUACCAGUAAGGUUUUUAGGAGUGCUGUAGAUGUAUAGACCGUCUUGGCCGUGUGGCGGUGUCAUGUAAUAACGCGAUAUUUACCAGAAACAGUAUUCGAAAAUGUAGUUAGUGUGAAUCGCAGUCGAGUCGUGUGAGUUUCCCGGACAGGUUCGAGUGGAAAUAGCGCGUUUUAACGGUCGAUUUGUACGGUAAAUAUCGGUGCGAAACCGACGUUCCCACUGACCAUCGCCUAUGGCUGCUAAAACUUGAGAUCUGUGGAAAAUAAUAUAACCUCAUUUUUACAAACCGAAACCCAAACGAGAAACCAUCCGCAGAAGAGGAGCUCGGAAAAACCUGAAAGAUGAGUGGAAACUCAGUAAAACAGGAAUUGUACGAUGAUUCGGAAAUCGCGGAGCUCGCCUCCAAGAUCUAUGAGGCGAAUAAGGCGAAGAUGAAUUCGGCGGCCCAGAGGCAGAACAACCGUCCUACAACCGGGGGGCAAUCGAAUCUCCUCAACUUCCUAACAAGAACCAACGGAUCCGGAAAACUUAAGCCAGACACACCGCCGGCCAACGGCGAAGCAAGCAAAUCCAACAUAGACGAGAGAUCCCAAAAAGGUCAGUUUGGAUGGACGGUCCUCGGUAAGAAUAACGUCCCGUACAUAUUCCGCGGAGAGGACAAAUACUGUGCUGUGAAAAUGGUGGAAGUGAAGGUUUUAAAUAAGUAUUUAUGCUUCCUCCAUCAAGAUAUUUACAAUUGUACGUGUAUUAGGAGUUAUUAUAUUACGGAGGCUGAAAGUCGGUUACUUAACGAAAUAAACUUUGUACACUGUGACACGCAAUUCGGUCCGGACCAGUAUAGUACCAGAGACUUAAUCGUGCGAUUACACGACGCCGUUGAGUUUUACAAGUUCUUAGACGCUUGCUACACUAAAUUACUUAAUGGUUCGUCGAAUCCAUUAGAUCGGUGCGGGUUCAUUCGAAUCAAUAAAGAAUCAGUGGUACCCUACACGGUAUACACCGGUGAAAAAUAUGUGCCACUAUUUUAUUUCGAAGGCGAGACUGAUAAUCUUAAGUUAAAAGCCAACAAACUUGAAGGUUGGGACCUUUCCUAUUUAAAAUUUUGUUGUAAAGUCCAAGGGAUCAGAAACGAAUUGUUUGCGCACGAUUCUUGCUCCGUUAUUAGUUUAAACGAUAUUAAAAAUUACUUCCCACCAGGAACGCUUUUUGAGGAUUAUUGGCCUAAUAAAAUGGUCGAUUCUCAACUUUUAAUUAACGGUAAAUCACAAACAUCCAUGGGACAAUGGACGAGGCAACCCGCCGCUCCUCCAGUGACAACAAUCCACCCGGCUCCAUCUCCAAAAGCAACCCAAUCGAAACCGGUUAACAACAAUAACCACAUCCAUCAACCCGGUGCUUACCAAAACACCGGCUUUUACACCAUUGCUAACACCCACGUGUACCCCAACCAACAACAACCCCUCCCGGGGCAAAGAACACCAAACACGGCUGUACGAUCGAGUUACGGAAACGGGGGUGGCACGGCGGCCCCCAGCACCAGACAAGCCAGGCCGUAUUACACCAAUAUGCCACAAGCACCACCACCACCACCUUUAAUCCGAACGGGACAACCAGCACCUUUGGGCUACACGACCGCUCAAACCACGGUUGCGGGAAAUUAUUUAAUGUUGGGCGAUACCAAUGUGGAUCAAACGGGUUACCGUCAGGGUUCACCCCAACUAUCCAAGUAUCCAAGUGCAAUGCCGCAGGUUACGAGUCAUAUAAACGGUGGAAUGAGGUUUCCAACGACAGCUCAAAACCAUUAUUCGACAAGUGACGUUGUGGAUUUAAGUUCGCAGGCGAACAACAAUCAAAAUCAUACAAUAGUAAAUCAACAACCGGCACAUCAGCAAUCCGUACACCAACCGCCACACAGUACGUCUGCGUUACAAGAGGAAAGAUCCAGUAUGACGAACGGAAGGGUGAACAUGGGUUACCGCAAAACGUUGCCGGCUCACGAAGCUAACACAGUCGGGUUUCCUUACAAAAUGCGAAAAGCACUUUUGGAGGAAAAAAUGAUUCAGUGCAUUAACUAUGAGCCAUACAACUUUUCGGAUCUGUUAGUGACAUUAAACGAGUUGGCCAUGAAUUUUUUUAAUAACGUUCCAGUGCAAUCUCUGCAUCAAGCGAUGCAAGCUUUAGGAAUUAAGAUUUUUAAAGGAAAUACCUCUCAAAUGCGGGUGUUAUUGGAAAAUGGUAAAUGUCAAAACCUCCAUGAAAUAGUAACGAUGGUUCAGCUUCGAGACGUGAUAGACUACAUGCCACAAUUAAAAUACAUCUUGAUGGGUCCUUUCUGUCAGAACGUGGCGGCGAAACGCGGUCAGCUCAGCUAGGAUUGGGCUUCAAUGUGGGGUUAUAACCUAUACACUACUUAGUGAACGGCCCCACACGUCAGGUUGUAACGAAUAAUAAACUGUAAUGAGAAGAAAAAAAUGAAAAACAGGUCGUUUAUUGAUUAUUUGUGUUCCUAUGCGCGUUUCGGAAAUGAAACAAAAAUUAAUUAAUUAACACUUCCGGCGCGCACUCUACUACUAUUUACCGUUACCCCGGGAACUUUGAAACGUGUAGCGAAGUGGAUUUCGUGUUUCGACAUGUUUCAACGUGUUUCUGUUGCGAUAAAAAAUGAGAAAAAAACAUAAAUAAAAAUAAUGAUAAAAAAAGCGGCGAAUUGGAGAAUUUUUUUAUAAUAAUAAUAUAAAUUUUACAUAAGAUACUGUAGAAUGGAUUGUAUAUAUAAUUAUUCUAUUAUUCUACUAUAUCGUAAUAAGAUUCCGGACAGAUAUUUUUAUAAUUUUCACUAAAACUUGAAUGUUUUUUUUACUUUUUACUUUUCUAACUUGUUGACGCUCUAGUCAUUUAGUGUAAAAAACAAAAGAAUAAAUAAAUAAUCAAAGCCUUAUUAAUUACGACAAAUUCUCCAUGGUUUUCCGUUUUAGUAAAAUACUUUUUAUAUUUCUUUCAGAAAACAUAAGCAAAAUGUUGUUUUUUUUCUUUCACUAUUAUUGAUUUUGUCUUUGACAUAAAAACUGAGAAUCCUUUAUUGUUUUUAGAAUCAUUAUAUUAUUAAUUCGUAUUUUUUUAGAUACAAUAGAUAUCGCUUAUAACGUCCAGUUACAAUCAGUCGAGAUGAGGUUGUUUUUUCUUUCAGAAUUAAUUAAUUAAUUGAUAUAUAGGUUUUUUUCGACAGUUCUAAAAACGUGAAUCCUCGAACUAAACUUAAUUAAAUCUGCUUAAUUUAAUUGUUUACUUCCUGAAUUUUUUAUUGCGGAUAGAACUGCCGAAAUAAAUAAAUAACGAGUAGUAGUAACGAUAAAAUCAUUCCCAACCUAUUUAUAAGUGAUUUCUACUGUAUUACGUAAUAUGCUAAACUUAAUUAAAAUUCGGUUUCAUUUAAAUACUUUUCAUUUUAUUCGUUAUUUAAUCAUUUUAUCUUCUGUUGAAAAAGAAAGAAAAAGAAAUAAAAAAAAAGAAAAAAAGAAGGCAGUGUUGGCUACAAAGUAGCUUCUGUAUAUAAAUAUUGUAAAUUGUAUGUAAAACUAAAAAUCGAGACAAAAUAAGUAAAUAAGAUGCGAAUCAAAGUUUUUUGAUUAGAGAUUGUUUUAUUUUAUCUACAGUGUCAAAAAUAAAAUAAAAAAGAGAAAAGGAAAAGUGUAGCUUUUAGAUAUUUCAAGACGAAGAAAAAGAAGAAAACGCCCCCUACCCUAAAACCAUUAUUGUAUUGUUAUUAUUCUUAACUGUUGUUUUGUGAUAAAAUGAAGAUGAAUGAUGCAAUACAAAUCGCUUAUCAUGGAUUUUAAUUUAAUUUUUUUUUGUUAAUUAAAAGCGGAUCAUUAUAAGUGAAAAUUAUAAGCAAAAAACAUAGCGAAUUAUUUAAAUAUCUGUCCAUUAAUACAAAAAUAUUGCAAUAUUUUCGUUUAUUUUUUUAUUAUUUUUAUUUUUUCAAGUUGGUUUUUUUUGUAUUUAUUUUUGUAAAUAGAUAAAUAUGUUUAAGUUAUAGAGAAAAAACAGGGUAGGGGACAAAAAAAGUAGCAAUUUUCAAAAUUACUUAAAAAGAAUACAUCUUUCUUGUUU